AAGCAACUGAAUAUUUAUUGAACAGGCUUAUCUAGGAUUAAAAGGGAUUAAGGUAUGGCAAUAACAGAAGCCAAAUACCUGUAAGGUAAUAUUCUAUCAAUAUCUACUGUUGGACAAGUGUACAUGUCGCGGCAUAUUGUAAAUUUGACCUUAUCGGUUCGGUUAACCUGCUUGGGGGAUUCGUCGUAUUCAACGAGUCAACGUAAUGUCUGUCCCUCCCCCACCACCUCCUCCUCAGAAUAAAUCUACCAGACCACCGCCAAAACAGUCCUGCGACUCCUCAGGUCCGGCGUUUUUGGCUGAUAUUAGGGCCGGCCGAACUCUUAGAAAAGUUCCUGAUUCUGAAAAGAAGGAUAGGAGUGCUCCUCUUGGGUCGAAACUAACAGAUCAAAAUAAUGAAGACAGUGCUUCAGGUCCACCAGCACCUGUUAGUGGAAAUCUCCCACCUGUUGGUCUUUCAAAUAUUUUUGCAAAUGGUGUGCCGAAAUUGAAAUCUAUUAGUUCGGCAGAUGUUGGGCGUAAUAAUACAGUGCAGAAUUUAUCCACAAAACCAUCUAGUUAUGGGCACGUGAAAAGUCCUGCACCUCCCCCUCCCCCUCCCUUAUCUCCGCCUACUGCAGCGUCCGUAGCUCAGAAUAACUACUCGUUGUCAACUACUCCUUAUGCGCCUUAUCAACAUUCGACUCCAACGGCAAAUAAUAAUGCUACAGCCGUUCGUAAUGGAUCAUCAGUACCAGCAUCGGCAGCACCUCCUCCGCCCCCAACUCCUGCCAGACCGUCGAUUUCAAAGAGCAAUUCUAAUUCUUCGUCUCACAACAAUAAUAAUAGUUAUCCUAGGUACAGUUUUUAUAAAAAAUCAUCUGAAGAUAAUCAACCAACACCAUCUGUUGUUCCAAGUCCACCUGUACAAGUUAUAAUGCUUUCUUCAAUACCAGCAUCAUCAACAUUGUCAGCAUCACCCUCAUCACAAUCAACACGAGUAACUCCUCUUCAGUUAGGAAGUGCAACUAAUGUACAUGAAAAUAACAUUAAUGUUAAUAAUAGUAAUAAUACUGUUAAUAAUCUGAAUGGUACUACUACUACUACUAUACCUCCACCUCCACCUCCAUAUGGACGUUCUCCACGACGGAAACAAAGUAGUUCAAAUCGAUAUCAGCGCGCUGGUUCAACAAACUCAGAUGUAAAUGGUAUACCUGUUGGUCAGUCAACUAAAGUGAUACGUAUUUCAUCAAAUAUUAAUGGAAGCGUAACUGAUUUGCCAUGUGCACCAUCUUCUAAUGUAAAUCCAUAUUUACCUUCAUCUGUGUAUGAUAUGAACAAUUAUACAAUGAAUUCACGUGCACAUCCAACACCACCACCUCCACCGCCACCAUUUCAACAACCAUCAUUAUCUUCAAUGGACAAUUACAAUUAUGAUAAUAAUAUCACUAGUCUUGUUCGUCAUUUUGAAAGUCGUUUUACUUUCCCUGAUAUUGGAAGUGUUCCUGUUCCAAAAUCAUAUCAUGGUCCUAAAACCUAUCGUGUUGGUAGUAUUAAUAGUAAUGUGAAUAAUAAUAAUAAUAACAUCAACGACAACUACCGUAAUCAAGUGCCUUAUCGAGUAGCUCCUGCAGCGCCAAGAAAUUACUAAAAACUUUUCCUUGAUUUGGAUCAAUUUUUAUGUUUUUUUUUAAAAUCUUUCAAAUUCGAUUGACAACAAAUAAAUGGCAAAAAUGUUUACUUGUAUUUGGUGUGUUCUCUUGUCGAUUUCAAUACUACUAAUAAUAGUAGUAUAUAUAUAUUGUGAUUCAUAAAAGAAAACCAUUCAUACAAGUUACAAAUUGUGAUUAAUUCUAAUUUCCCCUGACUAACUUCUCCUCUUUUUCUGUACUGUUCAUUUUAUUUUCUUAAAUGAGGUUGUUUUUUUUUUGAGAGAGAGAGGGGGGGGGUAGAGAGAGACAGAUUGUUUCUACCCUUCUGCCUUUUCUUUUACAAUACUACAUUUUCCAUGCUUCAAAACAGUGUAUUGUACACGAGUAUUACUGGCGUCAGUACAUAUAUGUGUAAUAAUAAUAAUAAUAGUAUUGACAAUUUCAAUAGUAUCCCCUUCCCAUUCAUUUACUAAUCCUAUAUCUUCAUCAUUUAGUUCAAGUUGUAUCUGUUUGAGAAAAAAAACAAACAAACUGUAAACAGAAUAGUCUGUGAUGCAGAAGAGUAAUUCUUCACUUAUUCAAGUAUAUUCUUUUCAUCUAUACACAUAUAUACGCCAUAUAUAGAUAGAUAGAUAGAUGUAAUGAUUGACAUCACAAAAACGUCUUCCAUUGUAUCCCAUCAGAAACUUGUCAUACAGUCUGUUGUUUACUUUCUUUUUAAAAAGCUAUUUCCCACAUUGUUGACUUGUUUUUCUUUUUAUAAAAGACUUUAUGCUUUACACUUCUUAUUGUUACCAUGAUUUUGUUACGUAAUAUGUAUUGAGAAGAAAGUUACAAACAACUAACAGUGUUGUGUUCAUAAGGAUGAAUGGAUGGAUAUCCAAAAGACCACGACGAUUCAAUAAGAAAUCAUAAUAAUAAUAAUAUUUUCUUUUUUGUUUGUUAUGUCUUUUGUUUUUCGUUUUGGCUUUUAAAUUAGUUUGUUGAAAAAAUUGCCAGCUUAGUUUAGUUUUG